AUGGAGGAGAGAGGUGAACAUCAUGAGGGUGAAAACGUAGAGGAAGUGAUGCUACCGGGAUUUAGGUUUCAUCCAACGGACGAGGAACUUGUUGGGUUUUACCUUAAAAGGAAGAUUCAACAUCGACCCCUCUCUAUUGAAGUCAUCAAGCAGCUUGACAUCUAUAAGUAUGAUCCAUGGGAUCUUCCAAAGAUGGCAACUAUAGGGGAGAAAGAAUGGUACUUCUAUUGUCCUAGGGACCGGAAGUAUAGAAACAGUGCAAGGCCCAAUAGGGUUACAGGCGCCGGAUUCUGGAAGGCCACCGGAACCGACCGGCCUAUUUACUCACCUGAAGGUUCUGGAUCUAAAUGCAUCGGUCUUAAAAAGUCACUCGUUUUCUACAAAGGAAGGGCUGCAAAAGGGAUUAAAACAGACUGGAUGAUGCACGAGUUCCGUUUGCCUUCUCUCUCAGAUUCAUCACCCCAUCCACAAAAGAGACUUGGAGACAAAGAUCAUCUCCCUUUGAAUGACCUUUGGGCGAUCUGUAGGAUAUUCAAGAAACAAAGUUCCACUACUCAAAGGACUAUCUCCCACUCAUGGGUAUCCCCUCAACCAACCCUAACUGAUCUUUUACCAUUUUCCCAUCAUAGUGCCUUUAGUAACAACAACAAUAACAACGCACUUUUAAGCUCAGAAACUCAUGAAAUGCUCUUAACCUCAUCAAAACCAAACUCAUUCAUUAAUGACUUAACUUCAUCAUCUCUCCUAAUUACUUCAUCUCCACUAGAUAUGAAUAUUACUACACUCUCCUCUAAUUACAAGCCCAUAGACUACCCAUUGAUGAUGUCCACAAAGCUUCCACCAUUGAUGGAUACUCCCAAAACCAGUACCACCUCGGGAGCCGAUUCAUCUUCGUUCUUGCCUAACAUGAUUCCGUCUUCAAUAUUUGGAGGAGAUCCCACUAGACAUUUCCAAAGCUCUAUGGAUAUGAAUGGGGUACAUGAUCAUCAUCAAGAAGGUCGCUUUUCGGUUGAGUUGGGUUCGAAUGAUGAGGGAUUAAUGCUUCAACCGGAGGUGGUCGGAGAUGGAGGAUAUGGAGCUUCGGGGUUCCCGUUUGGUUUCCCUUUGAGUAUGACGGAAGCGUGGAAGCCAAAUGGUUUGGUUUGGGACUCGUAUUCUCCUUGUCCAAGUGAGAUGUCUACUAGUAAUGUUUGUUAUUCAACUAACAAGAACUAUCUAUAG